AUGGCAGAUCUCAAGUCCACAUUCUUGAAUGUGUACUCUGUUCUCAAAUCUGAGCUUCUCAAUGACACUGCUUUCGAGUGGUCUGAUGAUUCUCGUCAAUGGGUUGACAGGAUGCUGGACUACAAUGUGCCUGGAGGAAAGUUGAACCGAGGACUGUCAGUUAUUGACAGCUACAGAUUGUUAAAAGAAGGACAUGCAUUAAAUGAUGACGAAAUUUUUCUUGCUAGUGCUCUUGGUUGGUGUAUUGAAUGGCUUCAGGCAUAUUUUCUCGUUCUUGAUGACAUUAUGGAUAACUCCCAUACACGUCGCGGUCAGCCAUGUUGGUUUAGAGUACCCAAGGUCGGAAUGAUUGCAGCUAAUGAUGGAGUUCUACUAAGAAACCAUAUUCCGCGUAUUCUUAGGAAACACUUCAAGGGAAAGCCUUAUUAUGUCGAUCUUCUUGAUUUGUUCAACGAGGUUGAGUUUCAAACUGCUGCAGGACAGAUGAUAGACUUGAUCACGACACUGGAAGGAGAAAAAGAUCUGUCCAAAUACACAUUAUCACUGCACCGACGUAUUGUUCAAUACAAGACUGCCUAUUAUUCAUUUUACCUUCCUGUUGCAUGUGCAUUGCUCAUGGCGGGCGAGAAUCUGGAUAACCAUGUUGAUGUAAAGAACAUUCUUGUUGAGAUGGGCACAUAUUUUCAAGUUCAGGAUGAUUAUUUGGAUUGCUAUGGUGAUCCCGAAACAAUUGGAAAGAUAGGCACAGAUAUCGAAGACUUUAAGUGCUCUUGGUUAGUCGUAAAAGCAUUGGAGCUUUCCAAUGAAAAACAAAAGAAAGUUUUACAUGAAAACUACGGGAAGCCAGAUCCAGCAAAUGUUGCUAAAGUGAAGAUCCUUUAUAACGAGCUUAAUCUCGAGGGUGUAUUCACGGAGUAUGAAAGUACGAGCUACCAGAAGCUUGUAACCAACAUUGAAGCUCAUUCCAGCACAGCAGUUCAAGCUGUAUUGAAGUCAUUUUUGGCUAAAAUUUACAAGAGACAGAAGUAG